AUAAUAUAAAAAAUAUCCAAUAAGAUUUAUUUACAUAUUUACAUCUUCAUACAUAUUUGUUAGAUUUAUUUACAUAUUUACAUCAAAUUUGUUAGAUUGAUUUACAUCAGAUUUGUUAGAUUUGUUGGAUUUAUUUCAAUAAGAUUUGUUAGAUAGUUGUAUGAUAUUUGUUAUAUAUCCUCACGUAAGAAUUGAUAGAUUGAUAGAUAAUUAUAUAUUUAAUCAAUUCUGUGGCACUUUCUUUUAUUCCAUCUGUUUUUGUUAAUUGUAUUUGUGUUUGUUUCAUUUUCAGGCGACCAUGAUGCCGGCUUCUGUGAACGUUAACCGUCUCGCAACGCACCAGACUAAUCUUGAAGCGGGUACGGUUUACUCCCUGACCGGUUUUGAAGUAACAAGGUGUAACCAGGAUUACCGCCUCUCGGACUCUUCUCUACUAAUCCGGUUUACUGACUCCACCACUUUCGAGAAGAUCACUGACCCGGCUGUUCCGAUACCUCUUGAAUCAUUCCGGUUCCGUAACUACAGUGAGAUGCUUCGUCUUGCUAACUCCAACAACCAACUUCCAGAUCUUAUUGGUAAGAUAACUGCUGUCAAGAGUACGAUCACUGAACCUCCUCUGGACAAGAACCGUGUUAGUGCAACCAUCAAGAUGGACAAGUAAGUUUUUAUGAAUUAUGAUGUCUUAACAAUCAUUUUUGGAAAUUGUAACUACAAUAUUCUCACUGUUAUGCCUUCCCACAAUGCAGUGACACAUCUGUGACUUUAACACUCUUUGACGCUCAAGCUGUGAAGAUCCAUAACCAGCUCGCUCAGAUGGCGGUAGAUCCACGAAUUUGCGUUGCAACCAGUGUGAAUCCGAGAAUGGUGGGAGGUAAGCAACCAGUUUAACACUAAAAUGGCUGCCUCUGUAAUGAUGUCGAGUUCAUACAUAUUCUACUCAUAAUGCAGGGCGUCUGUUUUUUAAUGGCACAGCCGGCACACACAUCCAUUUCGACGUGGAAACAGUUGCCGGGGAAAGUUUGUUUUCCAGGUAGCAUUUUCCGAGACAUUACUUUUAAACAUACCGUGACUAUAAAAUUCUCUAUUUGUUCAUGGAUGUGCCUAAUCACAUUGUUAUCUUCGUAAGCGGUUUGCUUGAACAAGACACUGGGCUUGCGCCAGUAGGACGGCUGGUAAGGAGUUUUGCUAAGGUGGAGACACUGAGCAUAGCUGAGCUGAACGAUUUUGUCCUCAAUGCUUCGUCUCAGGUUGGCUAUCAUAGUUGUGAUACUCUAUAUGGAAUGUAAAUUAUCAUGGUCGUAUCCUAACUUUACAACCAUGCAGAACAUUGAUUUCAUUUGUACGGGGAAAGUUACUGGAAUCAAGUUAGACAAGGGGUGGUGCUAUGUCUCCUGUGCAAAAUGCUUCAGGAAACUCCACCGGUCUGUCUCAUCGCUCACGUGUCUAUCUUGCAACAACACCGAUGCAGUUGGUAUCCUUCGGUAUGUACUGACUCUGAUCAAGUUAAACAUGUACGUUAAACUUGAUGUGUUAUUUGAUACAUUUAUUCUACGCGCUAGGUACCGUGUGGAGAUAUCAAUUGCAGACGAGACUGGUGAGGGUUUGUUUGUUGCGUUUGAUGGAGUUAUGGCGAAACUCCAUAACAUGAGGGCCCAUGAAGCUGUCAACCUCUUGCCUGGUAAUGAUGUCAACCCCGAAGAAUCUGAUGCCCCUCAGUUUGUUCUAGACAUGGAGGGAAAUACAUACACGUUUCAGGUUAAGGUGGGGCCAUACAAUUUCACGGCAAAUAAUCACAGCUUCACCAUUUCACGCAUUCUCGGUGAGGGUGACCCUGAGCCACAACCUGCGUUCGUUGAUGAUGGUGCUGCUGAUGACAAUGGAGACGACAACAACGAUGUGUAGAAUCGGCCAAGUUGCAUGCGUGGAAACGCAUACUACAUUCUAAAUAAUAAUGAAGUUGUUUUUUCUUUUUAAACCAAGUAUGCAUUUCGUUUUUAUACUUUGCUGUUUAUCUUUUUUGCCAUUCGAGUGUUUCCUAUAUACACAAGUAUGCAUUUCGUAUUAACAUAUUUCAUAAUUUCUACUAUCUGUUACCUUAUAGGUCGAACUAAAUCUAUUAUGCCUUGGCAAUAUUCCGUUUCUUUUUUUCCUUUUACUUAUAGAUUAUGACCUUAUACAAUAGAAAACAAAUUUUGGUGAUCAUAUAGCUUACCAUCUCUUAUUACAUGCUCAAAUUUUAGUGAUCAUAUAGUUAAAAUAUACUUUUACCCUUUAAUACAUAUUUUUUGGUCAUUUUUGUCAUUAAAAAUUAUUUUGUAACAAAAACUAAGAAAACUAUCUUAAAAAAUUAUUAACAUAUACAUAAUAUUUUGAAAACCACAACUCCGUUAGAGAUUAGAUACAGACACUAUAAGCCAACUACAAUAUAUAUUCGUUUAACGCAACAAAACACUUUUAACUACCAAAAAAUGUCAUUGUACCAAGUAAAACAAUACAAGCAUAAUUAAUUAGCCUUUGACCAAAAAUUCAACAUUGCAAAAAUAGUUGCGUCAAACACAUUAAAUUUUUGUUACCUGAUAUCUCAUUGUAACUGAACCAUUCUUCUAAACCAAAGUCUCCGAUGUAAAACAAUUACACGAAACUGCUUCAUUAAAACCCCAUCUACAAACACUCUAUAUAAACAUCCAACCCGUGGAAACAUACAUAUAAAACCUGUUAUUCCUAAAAUUAUCAGGUGGAAAAAAAAACACUACAAAUGGUAUCUGACAUUUCAGAACACAAUUAUGACUCGGACGAGAGCAUUGGUAGUUCUGAAGAAAACUCCUAUAACAUACCCCCAACCAUCUUUUUCAAGAAUCAAACCCUCAGUUACUUUGUAGCAGAACCACUCCGUAUGCUAUACAACUUCAGUGAUUUGAAGAAUGAAUGUUUAGUUGCUGGCAAUCCAAGGGCUCACUACAUAGAGGGGUUGCUUCAAUACUUUCAGUGCCGUAAAUCUAUCAAAGGACUUGACCAUCUUCGUCAAUCCGCAGAUGGAAACUAUGAUAAUGGUACCUAUAUUUAUGGUAUUUUAAUGUUGUGCAGGGGCAACUUUGCUGAGGGACAAUAUUACCUCGAUAUGUUAUCCUGGAAAACUAAUCAGGACAGAACUACCCAAUGCUUGACAAUGCUUAAGCAAUCCCUUAAAGCAAUCAGGGUCAGUGUGAAGGCAAAAUAUGUAGCAAAUACAGACACAAUGGAACCCUUAGCAGAUUGCAACACUCAUGCGAUGGAUAGCGCAUGCGAGGAUUGUUAUUACUUUAAGAAGAUGAAAGAAUUUGUUGACUACAUUCGCAACAAAAAACAGUAGACAACACAGAUCGGUCUUUCGAUUUAUUUUACAGGUGUUUUGUAUUAUGCUUAUGCGUAAUAAUAUGAAUUUGACCGCCUCCUACCCGAGCCCAUAAAGAAAUUAGGGAAAAUAAAUAAUUACUAAACCUACUAAAUAAAAUUAAAUAUUAUCCUAAUUUAAAUAAAUUUGGAACAAAUAAAUUAUUAAAUAAUACGUUAGUAUCAAAUCAAAUUUGUCUGAAGAGAGAUCAGCAUGUGUUUUGAACAUAAACCAAAAGCAUGGAAGGGAAAAUAUACACUUUCCAGGUCAAGUCGACUACUUAUGAUGACUGCAAAACACAUACAACACCUUCCGAACCAUGCAGAUCUAUCACCAACCAUAUACAAAAAUUCUUAAAAGAUUUUCCAAAAGAUUCUUAAAAGAUUUUCCAAAAACAAAAUUAUUAAAAACGGUCCGUCUCGCCAUCAAAUCCCGCGCGUAGC